GCCAAUCAGCCUACCAUGUAUGUCUUUGGACUUGGGGACCAAACCCGAGUACCCGGAGGAACCCCUUGCAGCACGGGGAGAAUAUGCAAACUCCGACCAGGGAAUCGAACCCCCAACCCUGAAUGUGGCCGUGUAAGGACAAAGACAGUGAAGAAGGCUUCUCGACUCAUCAUUGAGAAGUACUACACCCGACUGGGCAACGACUUCCAUGUCAACAAGAAGGUGUGUGAAGAGAUCGCCAUCAUCCCCAGCAAGCCUCUACGCAACAAAAUAGCAGGAUAUGUGACACGUUUGAUGAAGAGGAUCCAGAGGGGUCCGGUCAGAGGCAUCUCGCUCAAACUCCAGGAAGAGGAGAGAGAAAGGAGAGACAACUACGUCCCUGAGGUCUCUGCUCUGGAUCAGGAGGUCAUUGAGGUCGAUCCUGACACCAGAGACAUGCUGAAGAUGCUGGACUUUGGUGGCCUCUCCACGCUGCAGGUUACUCAGCCAGCCGUCGGAAUGAACUUCAGAACCCCCAGAGUCUAAUUACAUCCAGCUAACGAAGAAAUAAAGACAAGUGAAUUCUCAAACGCA